CCUAAAGAUUCCCUCGAAUAUUCGUUAUCGUCCCCGGAUUUCUUUAUAUACCCUAGCCGUCCAUUUUAUCAGGCCUCGCUUCUUCGCUAAUCCAUUUUGCAGAGCUUCUUCAACCAAAUCAAUCGAAGAUGACUGCCUAUAUCGGAAAGUACAAAGAUGAGCUCAUUGCCAAUGCUGCUUACAUUGGCACUCCUGGAAAGGGUAUCCUUGCAGCUGAUGAGUCCACUGGAACCAUUGGCAAGCGGCUUUCAAGCAUCAAUGUCGAGAAUGUUGAAACAAACCGUCGAGCUCUUCGCGAGCUCCUCUUCUGCACUCCUAAUGCCCUCCAGUACCUUAGUGGCGUCAUCCUCUUCGAGGAGACCCUCUACCAGAAAACAGCUGAUGGAAAGCCCUUCGUCGAAGUUCUAAAAGAAGGCGGUGUUCUCCCCGGCAUCAAGGUGGACAAGGGCACCGUUGAGCUCGCCGGCACCAACGCUGAGACCACCACGCAAGGACUCGAUGAUCUUGGCAAACGAUGUGCGAAGUACUACGAAGCUGGCGCCCGCUUCGCAAAGUGGCGUGCUGUCCUGAAAAUCACUCCCAAUGAGCCUUCCCAACUUGCCAUCAAUGAGAACGCCAAUGGACUAGCUCGCUACGCCAUCAUCUGUCAGGAAAACGGUUUGGUUCCCAUUGUUGAGCCUGAGAUUCUUGUUGAUGGGCGGCAUGACAUCGACCGCUGCGCCGAAGUGUCUGAACGGGUGCUUGCUGCUUGCUACAAGGCUCUUAAUGAUCAUCAUGUCCUCCUGGAAGGGACUCUGCUGAAGCCAAACAUGGUCACUCCUGGUUCAGAUUCAGCCAAGGUGGCUCAUGAGGUCAUUGCAGAGUACACGGUGCGAACCCUACUCAGGACCGUUCCGGCUGCCGUGCCCGCCAUCGUGUUCCUCUCCGGCGGACAGAGCGAGGAGGAGGCGACUCUUAAUCUGAAUGCCAUGAACAAGCUCAAGGGGAAGAAGCCAUGGUCGCUUUCUUUCUCAUUUGGCCGCGCGCUGCAGCAGAGCACACUCAAGGCGUGGGCGGGGAAGGAAGAGAAUGUGAAGAAGGCGCAGGCCGCUUUUCUCUCUCGGUGCAAGGCGAACUCCGAAGCAACACUGGGGAAGUAUGGCGGCGAUGCCGCACUCGGAGAUGGAGCCUCGGAGAGUCUCCAUGUGAAGGAUUACAAGUACUAGUUCUGUUGCAGGGAGAGGGGAAUGAGGUAUUCUGUUUUUGUUUUUAUGAUUUCUAAAUACUUUCUUAUGUUGCUUGCGUGCUGUGCUGUGCUGUGUUGGUAUGAGCCCUUAGUUGUUUCCUCAUAAUGAAGUGCUACUCUUCUGCAGUGUUACAUUGAGGAUUUCUAUAUGUUGAGGUGUUUUUGAUGGAAUAAUGGAUUGUAGAGAUAUAUAAUUAAUAUUUAUGCAGUUUAUGCAGUUUUUUUAUUGAUA